AUGAAAAAGAAAUAAACAAAAAAGAAAAUACAAUAGAAAUAAAAAUUAAAAACUUAAUUUAAUUCAAAGGAAUUGAUAAAAUUAUUGGAUGAUUAACAUAAAAGAGGAUAAUAUAAAGAUUUCUCAUUAUAUGGUUUAAGCUUUGCUAAAAUUCCAAUAAUAAACUUUACACCUGAAAUUAAUAAAUACCUUUAAAAAUAUCCAAAUGAAAGUAUAAUAUUGAUAUAAUCUGAAUAGCUUAUAUAGGAUUUACUAAAUGCCAUUUAGAUAAUUUAGAAGGAUUGGAAUUUUAAGGAGACAAAGUAUUAUCAAUAAAAAUGAACUACAAUAAUCUUAAAGGGGAUAGUUUAUUAAGAAUUUCAAAAUUAUUUCCAAAUAUUACUUAUCUAGAUCUAAGUCACAAUUAAAUAACGAAGAUUGAUGUAAUAAUAAAACUAUCAAAUAGGAUUUAAAACAUUUAAAUAAUUUUAAGAAAUUAGAGCAUCUAGAUAUGCGUUUCAAUCCAGUCAAAAGAUACAAAGACUAUAAAAAGAUUGUUUUUGAAUAGAUUCCUUAAUUAUAAAAUUUAGAUGAUGAUUAAGAGAUUGAUGAUUCAUUAGACAAUUCUAGUAGAGAUAAUUGGGUAUUCCUUAUUUUAAUAAUUUAGUUAUCUAGUCAAGAUGAAAGUGAGGCUAGUUUAAAUGAAUCAAGUGAUUAUGUUAAGAUUAAAAAGAAAGUAAAAAAAUGA